GCUCAAUCCCUCCUAAGCAUCUCCGAGUUCUCAGUAUCAGAUAUAAAACCCGCCAAUUGUAAUUAUUCUUUCAAAAAGAAUGAGGUCGCCGGAGCCGAAUUCCUCUUCGUCGAAGCAGCUGAAAAUCAAAUUUGUGGUACAGUUGAUGGCUCUAUGUUCCAAGAACGUUAAACGGGUUUCGAACAAGCUGAAAGCCUUGCCGAGUGAUAUCGCCGCUAAGUCACCGGGGUUCCACUUACCUAUCAAGUCGACGCUAGGGAGGGUGAAGCCGAAGAAGCUGCUGAAGACCAUCAGCAAAAAGGCGAUCAUGUUCGCGCACAGGAAGAAGAAGAGCGAGAGCGGCGGAGAGGAGGAGUUCGGAGACGGUGGGGUGUGGCAGAGGGAGAUCAUGAUGGGGGACAAAUGUCAGCCGUUGGAUUUCUCCGGGGUGAUAUAUUAUGAUAGCAGCGGAAAGCGGGUCGCCGAGAUCCCUGCCCGCUCCCCAAGGACGACCAGCGCCAGCCCUAUUCCGGCGUACCUCAGUGAGACCCGAAAAACCGACCUCUGAUUUGGGCCACCGGCUCAGAGAAAGGUCUUACGUGUCGAUAUUUUACUGGUUUGUGAAUGGUCGGGAGUCGGAAGUAUUGAAGUCCACUAGUUGACGAAGUCAUUAUCGUGGACCUUAGAUGUACUGAAGUUUUUAUUUUUUUCUUCUCCGUUUUGUCCCUAUCGGCCGCCGGCCGCUAAUUCUCUCUAAAUAUAUUUGGUUUCAAGAA